AUGGCCGAGUACAGCGACAUUGAGGUCCACGACGAGAGCGUCGACGGCCAGCGCCGGUCGUCCGCCGGCGACGUCGCGCGCACCAAGAUGCUGGCGCUCGACCGGACCAUCUUUGUCGCUUGCCGCCAUUUGCACCUCGCGACGCCGGACGCGACCGUGUACCUGCCGUCGCAGUCGAUGCAGCGCGGGCUCGCGUACGCCAAGACGAUGAUGCAAAAGCAGUCGGGCAGCCCCGACUUUGCGGGCGCCAGCUUUGCGCGCGUCACGAUCCGCCCGGCGUCCGGCCAUCCGUGCGUCGUGCGCUCCGUGGCGCAAAAGGGCACGAACCCGAGCUACGUCGUCGGCAUUGCGCUGCCCGAGUCGCUCGACCUCGAGACUGCGAAUUGCACGAUCGAGAUUGUCGCGUGCCAGGAGAAGACGGUGCUGGCGUCGACGGCGGCCUUUCCAGCGUCGCACUUGCUCUCGUCCGUCUCGGUGCCGCUCAACGCGCUCGUGCCCACGAACCCGAUCGACUCGAACACACCGGUCGUCGACGUGCAGCACGCGCCGCAACUGCAGUCCAUCUACCUCUCGUCGCCGCCGUUUGCACCGAGCUCGUCGACCAAGUACGCGUUUCCGGGAGGAGUCUUUCUCCAGGAAGACAUUUUCGAAGUCGACUUGGCGACGUCGAUCCCGCGACAAGUGCUCGAGAUGGCGCUGGACGAGACCGAGCACCAAGUGGCCACGUACAGCGCGUAUGUCGAGGCGGCGCGGGUCCAAGAGUGUGUCUUUGCGUCCGCCGUCGACGCGCUGCAGAGCGGCUGCGACGUCUACACCAUCCGCGCCCUCCGCGCGCGCGGCCUCGGCAGCGUGCCCACGUCGACGACGUCGACCGUCCAGCACCACUCGUCGGCCGCGAACGCACCGGCCGCUUCGUCCCGCGCCAGCGUCGUCGCGAUGGCCAAGUCGAUGCGGUCGUCGGCGUUCUCCAAGUUCAAGAGCCUCCAGAUUGGCACGACAGACAAAGCCGUCAUCAUCAACGCCUACUGCGAAGUGACGAUCUCGGACCCUCACACGUGCACCGGUGCACCGUGGUUUGCCGCCAAAACGAAUGUGAUUACAAACUCGACCGAGCCGCUGUGGCGCGUGGCGUACACCGGGGCCAAAGUCAACGGCGCCGUCGACGCGGACGGCCACAUGUGCUUUUACCGACCGGCGAAUCGCGCCAAGGACGGCGUGCUCGAGUGCAAAGUGUACACCAAGCCGCCGCCGCCGACGUCCAUGUCGUCUGCGAUCCUCGCGGCCCGCAAAGCGAGCCCGAACCCGUGCUUGGGCACCGUCAAGAUCCCGCUGGCGUCGCUGCUGCCGUCGACGACGGCCGCCGACACGCUCCUCAUUGACCUCGCCGUCACGGCGACGACGGCGUCCUUUCCGGCGGCGACACCGAUGCCGGCUACCCCGCCGCGCUACCGCUGGCUGGAUACUCUGACCGUCGACAAGGAGCCGUCCGUGGCCUUGCCGCUGCCCUCUCGGUUCCUCGACGACCAUCUGAGUGCGCUCACGACGUCCCUCGAGACGACCAAGAACGCAUGCGCUAUCGCGAGUGAGUGGGCCGAUGCACACACGCGCUUCAAGUCGAGUGCGAUGAAGAAGACGGAGAACGUCCAAGCACUCCCGACCAACUUGCACGUCGCAGUCGCCCACGUGACGUCGUCCAGCGACAGCGGGCUCCAGGCGCUGCCAACCGUCACGUGCGGCCUCCCCGCCGCGCACGCCUUGGGGCUCGAAGACACGGAUUUGUGGGCACUGGAAGAAGCGAUCCACGAGGCGAGUGCGCACCUCCGAACCCGGCUGUUGGGUGGCCUCCCGGCGACCUCGUCCCUGGCCACGCGGCCCGACGGGUUUGUCGCGCUGCAGCCCGAGGCGACGCCAGAGACAGCACCCGAGUCGACGGACGCCAUCGACGCGGACGAAGCGAGCCGUACUUCGGACACAAAGGAGGACGAUGUCUCGAUCAAGUCGCGCGCGACCAAGUCGCUCAAAGAGCGGUCGAAGCUGCUCUCGUCGCUGUAUACGCAAGCCAAGACGAAGGCCAUUGCGCUCGCCAAGGCGCCGAAUGGCGAUGACGCGUCGCUCUCGGCCGCGUCGCUCGUGACACUGCAGGCGCGGCUCGCAGACCUGCGCCUCGAGUACCGAUUGCGCAAAACGAUGGUGAUGGCGCAGGCGCUCGCACCGAUCGUGUCGGCGUUCAUCGUGAGCGUCCAGCAGUGCUUGGCGCUGCCGGCCGAGGCGCAAGAAGCGUGUUGGGAGCAGUGGCGCGCCCGGGGGUACCUCAUUGGCUGGGAAAGCCUCGUGAGCUCGCAGGGCAAGGAGCUGCACAUGCUCCUCGAUGCGUGGAUGGCACUGCAGAGUAUCUCGCGCGUCUUUCGCUUCCAGCUCGUCUCGACCGGCAGCAUCUGCGUGCUCGACACAGUCGUCCAAGUGCCGCUGCCACCGGCCGACUUUUCGCGCCUCCCGCCGUCGCUGCAGCGCGACGCGAUUGGCCUCGUCGUCGUCCUCUUCACCCAAGGCAUCAACGAGAUGCAGUCGCUCGCCAACAUGUCCAACUUUGCAGGCGUCUCGAAGCAGUCGGUCAUCAACACGGCGAGCCUCAAGAGCCUCGAGCAGUACAUGGGCGACGACGUCCCAACCGCGCUGCGCGAUGCCGUUGCCCACGAGAACGGGUCGAGCAAGAACACGGAGAUUCUGCGCCUCGCGUCCAAGGCCGUGCGGCGGCUCUACGGCGGCCGCGUCACGUGCUGCAAGUCGGGGAAGGACCGCACCGCCAUGUCGGUCACGUGGGAGCAGGCGGCGUGGGCGCUGCAAGCCAAAGACGACGACCUCGAGAACGAGGAUGCCCUCGAGGCCAGCGACGUGCUCAAGAUGGCCAACGUCAUGCGCGAGUUUGGCGGUCGCAUUGGCAUUGCGGAGAAGAACGUCGGCGCCAAACGCUACUCGUUCAACGCCCUCCAGCGCAAGCUCCUCCCGCCCUCGUACCGCCCGCCGCUGAGCACGAUCCAAGACAUGGUCACGUCCGUGGCGCUCCGCGACUCGUAAAUAUUGUUGAUAGUCGUACACAUACUUAGCCACGGCCUGGCGAACGAAUGAAGAGGAAGGGGUCUCCAACCGUCGUCUUCUUCAAAGAGAAAUGAAUCAUUUGAAAUGACGAAGUCAUUUUUGAGAUGCG